AUGCCGCCAGCUCUACGCCUCCUCUUAACGGAAUCGAAGUCAAGCCAAAACUGCUACAGUCAAAGGAUUACCAGCCGCCGUUGCAUAGAAAGGGUAAUCACUGAAGCGGUAGAUGUGGCCAUGAGAGCAGUGGCAGAUGGUGAUCAAUUUCUUGGCAAAUUCGACUCCGAGUCAAGUUCAGAGUCGGAGAGCUCCAGCGUCAACACAUCUUCGGAUCGCUCGCAAACUAGCAGCACAACGGAUGAUGACUGA